UUAUUUACAUAUAAUGAUUCACAACAGUGAACUACUCUCAACCGCAAACUUUAUUUUACAAUGCGUUGUAUACUAGUAUUUCAUUUGAAAGAAAACGAAAUCAGUUUAUGAAAUAUUACUUCUCACGCAGGACGAGGUUAUACAUUUUAUGAUUAUAUUUUAUCCUUUGUUAUGUUUUAAUAUAAAAAUGAAAUCGUAGGUUGCGGUGAACAGAGGACAUUUGAUACUCGUAUAGAAUAUGUAACGGAUUAUAACAGUGGUCAUUUACCGAUAAGUAACUGACAAUAGACGUGUUUAGAGGGGUGAAUAACAUCAAAUCUGAUCAAACUGUAACGUAUAAGACCUGAUACGUUAAAUACUAUAUUAUAUUAUAGACAUUUGUGAGCAGUUGUUAGUUAAAUCGAUUUGUUUCAGGAAGUGUUGUUACGAUUUACCUGUGUGGAUUGUAUAAACAAUAUUGUUUAGAGAAAAAUGAAAAUACUAAGUGUGGAAGCUUGUUCUUACGUUUUAUUUUCAAUUAUUUGGAAUACUGCUGCAGACAAUCAAAGAAGCGAUCUGGACAGCUCACACGUACGCAUGUGGACCGGCUGGUAUAACACAGACACUCCGACGACCGGCGGCGGCGACGAUGAGAGUAUUGCUAGUAUUAGAAAGAGAGGCUACGAAAUAUGUGACGGAAAUUCACCCAUAGAUACAAUAUGUAGGGACGUGAGGGCACACGCGAACAUGUUCAACUCAGAAACUACAGAGUUUGCUAAAGACAAGCUAUUCAUUCCAUGCAACACACUGGGCUUACUCUGCCGAAAUCAGGACCAGCGCAAUUCAACAUGCAGGGAUUAUGAAAUAAGAUUUGAAUGCUUAAGUGCCAGCGAGUUACCUGCCCCUGAGAACCUCGGAGUGAUCGGUGUUGCGGCAGGUCUGUCAGUGAUUGUUCCUAUACUGUGUGUUGCCAUCAUGCACAUUGCACGUCUGAUGAAAGAACAUCGUAAUCUCUCCAGACAAAGUCUCGUAGGAAACUCGGAACAAUCCGUUCAGACGGACUUAGCCGAUCUGCCUCCGUCGUACUCGUUUCUUUUCGGAGAAGACACGGCCGAUUCCGAAUCUGGCUUAGCGAACAUCAAUCCAGCAAGAAUCUCACUGACUGGCUCGAGUGGAGAUUUAAGACUGCCGAACACAAGACUUAGCUCAAGUAGCUUACAAAGUGUAACAGAAAAUCAAACAAAUUUAAAUGCGUCAUUUCAGGGAGAAGAGGGCGUGUCUCAAACCGCACAGUCAUCGAGUGAUACUCAGCGAAGAACUUCUUGGAGAAGCCGAUUUCCAAAUAUGCAUUUGUCAGUGUUUGAUCUUUUUUAUCCAUCAGGUCAAAGGUCAGAGCCCCCAUCACCUGACCUUAGUUAUGUGCAGACUCCGCCUCCCACUUAUAAAGAUGCUAUUGUUAUCUUAGGAGGAGAGCCGUUCACCUUGUCGGAAAACGGGGACGUUGGAGAGAAAAUUUAAUAUAGCAGUAUUUUCCUGUGUACAAUUGUGUAAUAUUUUGUAUAGAUAAUUAUUUAUUUUGUUGAAUGUUAAUUUAUUAUAUUGUUUUUCUGCUGCCACGAAUAUUUAUAAAUGUGUCAUAAAUCCUAAUGCAAUUUUCACGGUAAAGUUUUAUUAUGUCUGUUUUAUGGACAAAACAUUCCAAGUUGUUUGUUGUGAUCUCGGGGAACUCAAUUAUCAUAACGCUGAUGCAAAAACAACAACAACAUAAUUUAUUAUAAAUAGUCUUUCUUUUCGUCAUAUGUAUACGUUAUAAUGAAAAUGAAAUACACUGGUAAUAUAGUCAUAUUUAUAGUUACUUGUAGAAAAGGAAGGAACUUUCACUUCCUGCCGAAUUAGUACACUUUUCCAAUUUUCAGGAUAUAUGUAAUGUUGAAGAGAUGUGUAUACAAUUGUAAUUUUUUGCAAAUAUCAGUGUAAUUGUAUUUAGUGUUUUGCAAAUGUAUACAGGAAUGCAUAAUUACCAGGAAUUAUUUUACAGAUGUGUGCCAAAAAUUGGGAACAUCUGUCUGCAGAAGUAGGAAAAUUAUACAGCCUGUAUUGUAAAAAAAAAAAAGAGAAAAAGUGUACAUUUGUUUUAAAAUGUGAGAAUAUGUUAACUAAAAUCAGUAAAUGUGAACACAUUUUCUUUACAUAUAUAUCAAAGCCUAUGUGCGGAGUUCUCCAAGCGAACUAUGCAGUAGACAUUUUAGAUGAUUACAUAUCGUUUCACAUGUUUUGAAAGGAGUGGCAGAUUUACCAUGAGUCUUUCUAAAUAUUUUUAUAUGUGUUCUGUUAAACAGUUUUUCUAUUCAGUUUUGGAAAUAAAACAUUAAAUCGAA